CGUGCACCAUGAAACUCCACCGGCCGCUGCACGUCUGCGCGUACCUGUUCGGCGUGUUUCCGGCGGCGCGGACUCCGGGCCCGCCACCCCGACGUUUCCGCGUCCACUGGCCGGGCGUGGCGCUCAAGGCGUUCCACACGGCGCUCUACUGGCUGGUGUCGCUGGUCGUCAGCGUCGUGUCCAUCCGGAACCUGAAGAACUACCAGAAGAUGGCCAAGAAGCUGCUGGCCACCCGGGUGCUGGACAUCGAAGAGCUGUUCGUGUACAUGAUGUUCGCCGGGAUCGCGGCCACCGCCGCGUGCCAGGCCCACAUGCUGUGGCCAUCCGUCGUCCGUGCCACCAACGAGUGCUUCUUCGACCUGUGUCAGCUGAACCACGUCACCGGUGUCUGGCAGCACUUCUCUGCGUACGCCGUCGUGCUAUUCGUCGCCUACGAGUUCGCCAUGUACUUCGUCUUAAUCACGUACAAGUUCCCGUUCCCUUUGGCCAAACUGAUCUGUUUGUUCCCGCCGCUGUCCAACAUCACGUGCGUCGUCGUCGAGCAGUUCUUUUACUUGAUGUGUGUGUCGCUGUAUCUUCGGCUACGUGCACUGCAUAACGACAUCGAGACGCUAGUGCGCAAGGCCGAGCACCCGCGAUGGAGAUGCUGGGCGUCUGUGGCCACGGGUGGCGGCGGUGGAAGACCCGCGGCCGGCCGGAUGGGGAUACCAGCGUUCAGCGCGUCCGAUAUACGCGACCUGCGGGCCGUGCACCGCGCGUGCAUGGAACUGUUCGCCCGCAUCAACCGUCUGUUCCAGUUGCCGCUGUCACUAUGCAUGUUCGACUGUGUGUUCCGCAUCAUCGUAUAUAUGUACGGCAUCGCGUUCGACGUGACCAUCGUCAUAUGGGAGAAGAAGAAGCACGUAAACUACGCGAACACCGCCAUGUGGUCGGGUUACUGCGUCAUUCGGAUCAUCCGGCUAUGGUACCUGUACCUGUGCGAACAUUACGUGACCAAAAAGAUUUUACCAAUUCGUUUGUCACUUAGCUGGCUUUCGUUGGUUCUAAAUCCCGUUACAAGCCGGAGACUGAUGCCCGAGAUAAUUCUAUUUCAACAUCAACUUGAUACCAUCAAGUCCAAGUUUGAAUUAUUUGGCAUUUUAAACAUCAAUAUGACGUUAUUUUAUGCUGGAUUUGGCACUACAUUGGCGUAUUUAGCGCUUUUACUGCAGUUUUUCGCGUUUAAUCAGAUUUCAAUGGCAUCUAUUACCACAAACAAUGCAACAAACGCUGACCAAUAAUUUAUUAUUAUUGAUCUGUGGUUCACGACAAAAGGAGAAAAUAAUGGCAACUCUAGAUUAACUAAACAAAAAACAGCUUCAAUGGAUCAUCGUUAUAAUAUUGCAUAGUAUGAUGUACAAAUAGAGGGACGCAAUUAUUUAUUAAGCUACCAGCUACUGAAUAAUACUAAAUUGAUUGAUAAUAAUAUGAAAUUUAAACUAAUGAUAGGAAAAAAUAUAAUAUAUGAGAUGAUACAAUUAGUUUAUCAUUAUAAUUAUUACAAUUGUUAACAGUUAAGUACAGAAAAUGAAUGCAAAAUAAUUAUUGUAUUAAUCAACUAUUGUAGUAAAUAGUUAGACUCGGAAUCAUUAUUCAUAUCACAAGAUUACA